CUUGUACAAACCACGCUCAUUUUUUUAUUUUUUAUCCAUUGGUUGCGUCCAGAUUCCCAACCGCCUCUCAAUGUCGCGUCCGAUUCGUGUCGACGUGCCCUUAUUCAACAACAGGUGUGUCCAGUUCCCUCAUAAAUAAACUCGCAAACAAAGAAACGGAUGUAUUAUUAAUUUAUUAUUAAUAUUUGUCCCACAAUUCCCAAAAGAAAUUUUCCGAAAUCCUCUGCAUAGAGCAAAGAGUCCGUAAUGGAGUGUUGGAGCUGUAAUCGUAUGAGUUUCUUGUUCGUUCUCUCCAUCAUUUUACAGUCUUCUUCUAUAAUGGCGGAUGACUCAAGGCGAGAACUUGUGAUAGAUGUUGCCAAUCCUAUUACACUGUAUAUAUCUUCUGGCCUGUCAGGAAGCUUUCCAGGUUCUAAGAUUGGUGCCCCAGUGAAAGCUGUAAGAAUCCGCAUCAUUGGCCUUUCUAGGAUUCACAAUUUACUGAGAUAUGCCAAUUCUAUGAAGGUGAAGGUGAAUAUUACUGAACCAACCAAGAGUCUUCACUCCCACAAGGUUGAAGUAUGUUUCCAUAGGAAUGCUUCCAUUGAAGUUGGGAUGUGCCCUUCGAGUAAGUGGGAGAUGCUUGCAAAGGGAUCAUUGGUAUGGACUAUAUCACCUUAUGAUAGCAGGCUUCUCGAUAUACGAAUGCCUGAUCCAUUCUUAAAGGUUAUUGAGGUAUCCAUUGAAGAAGAAUUCAAGUUAUAUCGCUUAUUCUUUCUCACCAUGGGACUAUUAAUGAUGGCAUUAGCACCUGCUAUCAGCGAGUGUGUGACUUUCUACUAUGGCACUGCAAUGGCUAUUGGUAUAAUGCUUGUCAUAUUGAUAGUCCUCUUUCAGGGGAUGAAGCUGCUACCAACAGGCCGGAAGAGAUCGCUUGCAAUUUUUCUCUACGGGUCUAUUGUGGGCGUGGGUUCUGUUAUUCUUCGCCACGUAUCUGUACUGCUGCGUUCAAUGCUUGAGGAGAUGGGAAUCAGCAAUGACAUGUACAAUCCUGUGGCUAUAUUUGUGAUGAUUUCUUUAGGCCUGGCUGGGGCCUGGUUGGGAUUUUGGGGUGUUCGCAAACUUGUCCUCUCUGAAGAUGGCUCUGUUGAUGCUAGUACUGCAACUUUCAUUAAAUGGUCAAUUCGGAUUGUUUCUGCAGUUAUGAUACUUCAGAGUUCCCUUGACGCACUGUUGGCAACUGGAAUAUUGAUUUUUGAAGUUAUUAUCUCAUUAACUGCAAGGAACUUUUUCAUGCCACGAUUCAUUCUUGAUUUAUUCAGGUAUCUCUUUAAAAUGUUGAAGCGUUUUGUCAAGAGUGCCAUGGCCAUUAGUUUGCCCGCAUAUUUUUUCGGUACUGAACACUCGCGCAAGGUUGCAAAACAUCGGGCUGAAUUCAGGCAUCACAACUCUCCUAUUCCAGGGACUUAUUCAAGCACUGCUAGGACUCUACCCAGUAAUCCUAAAACUCCCGAUACUUACUACUCCACAUUUCACACUACACCUGAAAGGAAGAGAUUUACAAAGGAGGAAUGGGAUAUAUUUACAAGAGAUUCAACUAGUCAAGCUUUAAAAGAGUUGGUUUCUUCACCAGACUUCUCAAGGUGGGCUGCUUCCAAUGCGGAUAGAAUCACUCUAACCCCACCCAGCCAAAGCAGUGUUUCAGUUAGGAAAAGACGAAGUUGGGUUCAAUGGUUUUAGUUUGACUGAUUUGGUGAUUUCAUGUUGGUAUGGAUGGAGAGAGGUCUGAGGCGCACACAUUGUUUUUAUCGGCAUUGUGACACAAUGGUCACUUUGUUCCUCUGUGUUGAAGUGGUUUUGUUUAGGAGGUUUUGCAUCUUGGUGGCCUGGGGUGGUGGUAUUGUAUGGAGCUUGAUUCAUGAGCUUGAUUCAUGCAUAUAUGACAGUGGAAAAGGCUGAUGGGAUAUGGCCCAAGUUGGCGUAUUCCAAACUCAUGGCUUCCUUGUAUGAUAGCCUGCACGUGGGCCUGCUUGUGUGUGUGUGUGAGAGAGAGAGAGAUGGGCCUGAUUGUAUUGAUAUUUAAUAGACCAAGGUUCCAGAUGGUUUCACAACAGCAGUUGUGAACUUGUAAUGUCCUUACUCCAUCUAAUGAUCAGCGUUGUUACUGUUUCUACCAAAUUGAUGUAACUAUUUAGAAUACUUUUGCAUUGUGAUAAUUCCCUUCUUGUAGCCAAAAGAAUAGGAUUUGUAAAUCAUUGCAAAUCUAUUUCCAGAUCCAUGAAUUGAAGUUGAAAUGCAUGGUCCAA